UUUUUUUUUUUUUUAGGUGUUAUAUUUCAAAUGGUUGGCGAAGUUUGCUGGAUGGAAUUGACUUGCAUUUUAGAAGUUGUGGGAAGCUCGUUGUUCUCCUACCGACUUUGGAUUUUGUCACUAAGGCUACAAUGAUCUGAGAUUUCUAAAGUUUAGUAUAUUAGCUUCUCCUCUGGUACCAAUUUGUAAAGAGCAACAGAAAAAGAGAAGAGGCUACUGUUUGAUUACUUUUGUUGAAUUACCAUGAGGUGUUUUCAAUCCGAUAACGGGGAGAAGAGAAAUGACCUGAUAACUACUUCUACUACAAGGUCAUCAAUGCCUCAUUUAUCCUCUAGUGCUUCUACGUCGACCGAUGAUUUUCGAAGACUUGAUUCUGCAUUUGGAUCUCAGAAUGUAUCAGACAUGAGUGCGGGGUCAUCAAGCAAGACCCCAAGCCGAAAACAUUUACGGUGUCCAACACAAAAAUCUAACAAUCUUAGAGUGUUCACAUUAUCUGAGCUCAAGACUGCAACAAAGAAUUUCAACCAGCUGCUUAUGAUUGGUGAGGGUGGGUUCGGGUGUGUUUACAGGGCGCGGAUAAAUAGUUCGGAGGAUUCACGUGCUAAGAUCGAUGUUGCUAUUAAACAGCUUGGAAAAAGAGGAUUGCAGGGGCACAAGGAAUGGGUUACAGAAGUAAAUGUACUUGGAGUAGUUGACCAUAAAAACCUUGUAAAAUUAGUGGGUUAUUGUAACGAGGACGACGAAAGAGGAAUUCAGCGGAUUCUGGUUUAUGAAUUUAUGAAAAAUAGAAGUGUGGAAGACCAUUUAACGAAUAAAAGCACAAAAGCUCUUUCAUGGUCCAUGAGACUUAAAAUAGCAGAAGAUGCUGCUUGUGGGUUGGCUUACUUGCACGAAGAAAUGGACUUUCAGAUUAUCUUUAGAGAUUUUAAAUCUUCAAACAUUCUCUUGGAUGAUCAAUGGAAUGCUAAGUUAUCAGAUUUUGGGUUGGCCAGGGAAGGCCCGACAGAAGGAGCUAGUCAUGUAUCAACAGCGAUUGUGGGCACUCUUGGGUAUGCAGCUCCUGAAUAUAUACAAACUGGUCGUCUCACAACCAAGAACGACGUUUACAGCUAUGGGGUUUUCCUAUAUGAACUCAUCACUGGCAGACGCCCACUAGAUCGAAACCGUCCAAGGGGAGAGCAGAAUCUGAUAGAAUGGGUGAGGCCUUAUUUAACAGACAUUAAGAAAUUUGAACAGAUAUUAGAUCCAAGGAUGGAAGGGAAGUACAAUUUGAGAAGUGCCAUGAAGCUAGCAGCCGUGGCUAACCGAUGCAUGUCCCGACAACCAAGGGUACGCCCGAAGAUGAGUGAGGUUCUGGAGAAAGUGAAGCUGAUAGUGGAAGGAAAAGAAAUAAUAGGCUCUACCCCUAAUGAGAUACCACCCUUGCCCCAGAAGAGCUUUGAUCCCAAUGAUCCUUCCGUAGAAGGCGAACAUAAUUCGAAUUCGCCCACUUCAAAGACGUCACUUUCCACAAUUACAGAUAGUUGUUUGUCAUGUAUGAAAUUCUGGUCCCCGAAGAUUGUUCAGGUUAGCUGACCAAGAGAUUGCCAUACACCAGAUGAUAUUUUGGUUCAUAACAAUUAUUUGUAGCUCCACGCACGGAUCCGAUGCUCACUAGUCUCCAUACAGCUUGCACAUUGUUCCUUGAAUUUUUGUUCCAAACUUUUCAAUGAACACCUUUGUUUUUCCGUUUGAAA